AGAGCAUUGCUCCAUGCACCAGCCAGGGGUGAGAACCCAUCCUCUGGCACUGCCCUGUGCCACAUCUCCAUCUCCUCCGGGCUGGGCAUCUCUUCCCUGCACUGCCCAUCCUCUCCAGGGGCUGGCAGGUCCCUGUCUCCUCCUGCAGAAGCUGUGCCACCUCUCAGCUGGGCUGGCUGCCUUCCCUUCUGCACAGGCACAGCGAGGAUGUGGCUGGCUCUGGCUCUGCUGUCCGUGGUGUUCUGCGGGAUGGCAUCCGGGGAAUGCUUCUUGAAUUCCCCAUCUCCUAAGAAUCCAGAGGCAGGGAUGAACAUUAGUGAAAUGAUCUCGUUCUGGGGAUACCCCAGCGAGGAGUAUGAUGUGGUGACAGAAGAUGGUUACAUCCUUCAGCUGAACAGAAUUCCUCACGGGAGACAAAACACUGGGUGCCAAGGUGUGAGACCCGUGGCACUUCUGCAGCAUGGGCUCCUUGCAGAAGGCAGCACCUGGCUCACCAACUUGGCCAACAACAGCCUGGGCUUCAUCCUGGCAGAUGCUGGCUACGACGUCUGGAUAGGAAACAGCAGAGGAAACACCUGGUCCAGGAGACACCAGGUGCUGACUACCACACAGGAUGAAUUCUGGGCUUUCAGCUUCGAUGAGAUGGCUAGAUACGAUCUCCCAGCCAUGAUCAGCUUUAUUGAGCAGAAAACAGGACAGAAACAGCUCUAUUAUAUCGGCCAUUCCCAAGGCACCACUAUAGGUUUUAUAGCCUUUUCCACUAUGCCCCAGCUGGCUCAGAAAAUCAAGGUGUUCCUUGCUCUUUCACCUGUGACCACGGUGAUAUUUUCUCGGAGCCCGUUUACAAAACUCUCAUUCUUUUCUGACUCUGGCAUUAAGGAGCUGUUUGGCACCAAGGAGUUCCUACCCCACACUGCCCUGGGGGAGCACAUCCUCUCCAGGUUCUGUGUCUGCUCCAAGGUCUGCAAGCACAUCUUGGCUACGGUUUUCGGGUUUAACUGGAAGAACACAAACAUGAGCCGAUUCGACGUGUACAUGGGACACAUCCCAGCCGGGUCCUCGGUCCAAAACAUCAUCCACUGGCUGCAGGGAGUCCAUGGUGGGGCACUGAGAGCUUUUGACGGGGGGCACAUGUACAACAGCCUUCACUACAGACAGGUCGGGGCUCCGUUCUACGACGUGCAGCACAUGGAGGUGCCCACGGCCAUCUGGAACGGGGGCCGGGACUGCCUGGCCGACCCCCGGGACACCGCCAUCCUCCUGCCCCAGCUCAAGAACCUGGUCCACCACAAGCUGAUCCCCCACUGGAACCACAUGGAUUUCCUGCUGGGCCUCGAUGCCACCGAGGUUUUGUACCGGGAAAUCCUUGACAUCAUGAAGAAGCAUCCCUAGAGAUGCUGGUUGUACUUGAUACUUUUUUUUUUUAGUGCUGUUUCUAGAGGAUUUUGAAAUUUCUCUCUAUUUGGACCAUGUGAAUAUAGUUGAUUAAAAUGUUCUGCUUUGAACUGGAGCAGAGACAGGGUGGGGAGAGGAGCCUUCAUGCUAUUCCUGGCUGGCACUGCAUUGCCUUUCUUUUUCCACUUGCUUUCCUUCUUUUUCCUUUUUUUAUUUAAU